AUGGCCAUCCUGUUCGUCUUGGGCAGUGUUGGCGGCAUCCCCAUCGACAGCUACAGCAACUCAACUAACGUCCAGUACGUCAUUCACGGCAUCAACACCAAGCUCAUCGGUCCGAUCACUAUCUCGCUCGUCAUCACGUCCCUGAUGGUUGUUCUCUUGUACAAAAACAUCAAGCAGCAUCGCGCCGAGAUCGCCGCUCUCAUCUCUCGGAAGAAACGUCGCACUGCCUCCGUGAUCGCCCUGCCGCCCUCGCCUGCCACCAAAGGCCGACAGGCAAACACGGGAGACGAACUGGACGAGGACGAGGACGAUGGCUUUGGUGAUGUGGGCGACGUCACGGAGCUCAUCGACAUGCCAGUCAUGUCGGGAUCUUCCGACGCCGACAUGAUUUCGCUCCGCACCUUCCUCGCCGACACCGACCCCGAUCACAGAGGCAAAGGCAACCCCGUUGGUGCCAAGAGCAGCGCCGGCGAGUUGGCCACUGGACCUGAACUCAGACUCGAGGUCGACAUCAAAGGGAAGGCAAAAGCCAAGACGACGCCCGUCAAGGGAGCCCGCCGCGUCUCCUGGGGCAAGACUCUCUAUGCUCCCUCGCCUGAGCGCUCCGUCCAGCGCGGCUCUCGUGCUCCGCGACGCGAGGCUCCUCGUCCUGGAGAGUCAGAGGCCGGUCCUUCGGGCACCCACGGCUACGAAUCUGAUAAAGAGGAAAACAACGCCUUUGUGUUUUGGUAG